AUGUUGAAGGAAUUAUCGAAUUUAAUACCAGGAUGUUAUGGACAAGAUGACAGACAAACGAAGAAAUUUAUUACUGAUAAACUAUUAUUAUUCAUGCCAUUAGGUUCAAAUACGUCGUCAGAAAUUACUCGUUUAUUUGAAGAAUUGAAACAUUCGGAUCAUCAUUUUAAAGAUAACGUAUCGGUGCUAUUAACAUUCAACGGUAGUCGUGUAUCGUCGAAAGAAAUCUUCUCUGAAAGUCAAGAACGUUUUAAUGAAAUGUGGAAUAAUAUUGAAAUAACUGACAAGCUGGAAUUAGAGAGCGGGUCACAGUUGAAAAAAUUAACUGAACGACUAAACUUUUACGAAACACAUGUUGUACUUGAUAAUCUUAUCUCUUCUAUUCGUGAUCUGAUAGAAGGUAAAAUGAACACUCAAUAUCUUCUAAAGCAAGAAAAAGUUAAACUCGAACACAGAACACUACUAGCACAAUCGGUACAUUUCGUCAUGAAUCCGAAUAUGUUAUUAAAACGAACACCCAAUGAGAUGAACAAUUUUGUUAAAAGAAUUACAAUUAUGCUUUCGAAAAAUGUCGUUAUCGGGAAUAUUGUUAUUUCAAGUUAUGUUAGACCAUCGUUAAAUAAUUUCGAUGAUAACAUUUUUCGAAAUUGUUUUCGAUAUCCAUUAGCUAAUGGUUCAACACUAGAUAUUAGCGAAGAGAACUGUGUGAAACGUAUUGUUGAUAAGAAAACAACGGGAAGAGAGAAUAUAUCAUCCUUUGAGAAAAAUGAUAAAGCAGUAUGA